AGGAAAAAGUUGGGAAUUUGUAGCGAAUUGCGGACUAGCAGUAUGUAAAGUUUUUGAAAUAAUAGCGAUAUUUCUAAUGUAAAGUUGUAAAAUUCACUUUAAAAGUGUAGCAAAAUGCGCAGAAAUAGUUCCCUGUUAAAAUUCAAAUUCAAAACUAUAAACGAUCUCAGCAAAUUCCCCGCGUUCCAAGUUCGCCAAUAUGUUCGCAACUUGCAUCAACAUAUCCACAAACAGGAUGUGAUAAUCCGGAAGCUACGGCGGAGGGUGGAUAGAUUGAAAGCAGCACAAAACGAAUUGUUACCCGAAGCUGAUCUGACGAAGGACCAUGACAAGGUAGACGAUGAUGUGCUGCAGGCCUUGGAGAAAGCGGAAAGGCAACAAGAACAAGCCGACAAACCGGUUGAAUCCUUGGAUGUGAAAGCCUUUGUAAACGACAUCAAAAAGACCGCCGAAGAUUUCGACUUUCAAAACCGGUACAUCUAUGAACCAACUUCCGGAUUGUACUAUGAUCCUGCCACCGGUUACUAUUACAACGCGAUAUACGGGUUGCAUUAUGAUGGUCAACGGGGCUGCUACCUGAAAUACAAUGAAGAGUCCAAAGAGUACGAAUUCUACUCGCAAGUGAUGCCAGAAGAAACACAGGAAGAGAAAAAACCCAAAGCUCAUCAAAAGAAACGGGCGGAGCUGGCUAGUGCUGCACUCGACCGGGAUGACACGUCCGACCGACGGCGUCGGCGACGAUCGAGUUCCACAGAAGAGAGACGGCGAUGGCGUGAGGAGCGUGACCAGAAGCGACGCUAUUGGCGAAGUCGAAGUCGCAGCCUGAGCCCGAGUCGCUAUCGACGCUAUAGGGAAAGUCGAAGCCGCAGUCGUAGUCGCGAUCGCGACAGGGACUUUCUGGAACAGCGUCGUCAAUCGGAUUCCUACGAAAAUGAAGAAUCGCAGUCGUCAUCGUCGUCGUCGGAAGAAGAUGUCGCUCCAUAUUUUAAAAAUUUGCGAAAAGAAGGAAAAAAAUCUGAGCGAAAGAAGCAGAUAAAAUCCGAGAAGGAGGAAUGCAUCGAAUCCGAUGAUAACCGAGAGGAAGGGGAGUUGGACAGUAGCGAUAGCGAAUCAGGCAGUAAAUCUGUUGUCCUAGUAGAUUCCAGCAGUUCCGAUCGAGACGUUCCGUUGAAAGAGUUCACAGGAAAUUAUUCAGAUGUUGUUAAAAAAUAUCCUCCCUCGCUGCGAAUGAUUGUCCGGCAAACCGACCUGCAUGAUCUGAGAGAAGGUUCUUUAUUUAUCGUCACCUACAAGGGAGGUUCGCUGGGUCGGGAAGGAGAUCAUGACGUUAUCAUUCCAGAUAUUAAAGUGUCCAAGUACCAUUUGAAGUUCACAUACGACAACAAACGGAGUGUCUACCAGGUUGUGGAUCUCGGUUCUCGCAACGGAACACUUCUGAAUGGGGUUCGUAUGACCGGGACGAUGAAAGAAAGCGAUCCGUUUGACAUCGAGCAUGGAGACGAGAUUCGGCUAAAUCAAACCACUCUGUUGUGUCACAUUCACGAUGGCAACGUGACAUGUGACAAUUGUGAGCCCGGUUUGCUAGUCAAGAAUGUUGCUUGUAACGAGUUCGAUGAUGACCGGAUAACGAAACCGGUUAGCUACAAAGAAGGACUGAAACUGCUACAGAAGCGAUACGGACUGGAAGAUGAAAAAUACGUGGAACCGGCCGAACCAUGUGCUCCGGAUUAUAAGGACCGUGCUGCCCACCGUCGAAAUACAAAGGGAAGCAGUAAUGAGCAUGCCAAGACGGUAGCGGCUUCCGUGGAUCAACACAUCGAUAGCAAGAAUAAAGGCUUCAAGAUGCUGUCCAAACUGGGCUGGAGCGCUGGGCAGACAUUGGGUAAAAAUGACGAGGGUCUGGUGGAGCCGAUACCGAUCGUGAGCAACGUUGGCACCAGUGGGUUGGGCAGUCAAAAGCUUGCUGAACCCGACGUUCGGCAAUGGAUGAAUGAUCGGAAACAAUCGAUAUGGAAACUUACUCAGCAGCGAUAUAAAAAAUGCGUCAAUGAGGAGGAAAAGAGUGCCGAAGAUGGUUCCAAGACGGUUCCGGCCGAAACAUCCACAGCAGCAACGGUGCACAAGCAAAUCAGUAGUGAAAAUAAAGGAUUCCAACUGCUGUCAAAAUUGGGUUGGAGUGAAGGGCAAGCUUUGGGUAAUAAAAUCGGUGGAUUGAAGGAACCCAUCAAGCUGCUGUCCAAUGCAGGAACCAGCGGAUUAGGGAGCAAGCCUCUACUGCAAAUGGGGACCGAGAACCGUGCGACAUUGGUUACUGCGAAAAAGAAGAAAAUACAGAAGAAAAAGAAAAAGGGCACGGCUGUCAAUGGUGCCAUCAAAGGACAGCAAACUGCCACCCAGGGUAAUCCAAAAAAGAAGAAAAAGCAUAAGAAACCGAAAAGCAAAAAUGUAACCAGCAAUACGUGAUUCAGACUGAGAUCAAUGAACUCUUUGGUAUGAUUGAAUUCCAAUAAAUUAGUUGUUUUUAGCGCAAAA